GUGACCCGCGACGGGGCCUUAGCACCGGCCACCACCCCCAAUCGAGGUUCCACAGGCCGGAAUCGUAGUACCCCCACGGUGGGGCUUGACGCAGGCCACCGCCCCCAUUGGGCUUUUGAAUUAUCCAUUUCCAUUAGCUUUGAGAUUUGACUUGAUGAUACGAGUUUGACUCCCCUUCGCUGGAGAGAACUUCACGAAGACAUCCAUGGCUUCCCCCUUUCGACAGGGCCUCCUCCACUUCCCCAUCCUAAAUCCCACCGUCUCACCAUACCAUUUCCCUAAACAACUUCACGCGCCGCCGCCGGACCCCCCACUGAGAGCACGCAUAUAUAAGCCCCUCGCCCCCCAGCUCAGCCGCAAGUUGGACCGACAACAGCACGAGGCCCGAGUCGAGCACUGGAAGUGGAAGUGGAAACGGAACGGCCUGAAGAUCGAGCGAGGUACGAAGCUUUUGAAGGAUCUGAGCACUUGGGGCAUAGGUGGGCCCUGCGACUACUUUGUCCAAGUCUUCAACCGCACCCAACUCGUCUCCGCUGUGCGGUGCGGCAAAAGUUCCAAACUUUCCAAAUUUUUUCUGGCGGGAAAGCUAUGUGAUGUGAUCGUUUCCUUUAAAGGAUGCAGGUUCUGUCAGGAGAAUGAGAUUCCGUUCAUCAUCAUUGGGAACGGCUCCAACUGUCUCUUCGAUGACUCGGGCUUCAGGGGCUGCGUGAUCUUGAAUCGGAUCGAGUUCUUGGAGAGGAUCGAACCUGGAAUUUACAGAGUCGGCAGUGGCUUCGGGUUUAACCGCCUGGGCUUGCAAUGUUCUAAUGAAGGGUUCACCGGGCUGGAAUUUGCCGGCGGCAUCCCCGGGACUGUGGGGGGCGCCGUGUAUAUGAAUGCUGGAGCAAAUGGUCAGGAGACUGCUGAUGUUGUAGACAGUGUGAAUAUCCUAACAACUGAAUAUAAGCUUCAGAGAUACAGGAGAAACGAGCUCAACUUCGGAUACCGGUAUUCAGCAUGUCAAGAUAUGAACGAUUUAGCUGCCAUUGUCGAGGCAACUUUUCGACUUCAGAGCUCAGGCUCAGCGAGAACGAGACAGCUAGAAUAUUUGGAAAGGAGAAAGCUUUCACAGCCGAUCCGAGAGAAAAGUGCAGGGUCUGUAUUCCGAAACCCACCCGAUGAUGGAGUUUCAGCAGCAAAGUUGAUUGAAGAAGCUGGGUUGAAAGGGUUGAGAGUGGGAGGAGCGAUGGUUUCAAAGAUCCACGCCAACUUCUUCAUAAACGCUGGUGGCUCAACUUCACAGGACAUGCUUGAUCUCAUUGAUCUCGUUAAAGGUCAGGUUCGUAGGAAGUUUGAUAUAGAACUACAGGAAGAAAUUUCAUACAUUCAGCCAUGUAAUUUUUAGCAGCUUGGAUCUGGAAUAAGCAGAUGACAACCUUGUAACAUUCAAUGACAGACAUCAGAAAGGAACUCAUCGAAUAUCAAAACAAGGUCAGGUUCUUGUUCAUUAUGA